CCUCCUUGUGUUGGUAAUAAUUUGGUGAAUUGUUGGACGAGGCACAGGUUGGUGCGUCUUCAAGAGGAAAAAUGGAUGUGGAGAAGGGUCGUCCUCGCUCCAAGGGUUUGAGCACCCUUGAAAAGUGUCUGAUAUUUCUCUUUGUGGCCAUGACCGGCGCCUGCAUCGGCCUGGUGGUCAUCUACUUCACUGAUAAAGCAGAGUCUUCUACACACACAGAAGGGCCAGAAUCAGGGUGUGGUGGUCCCCAGGAGCUCUCUGGAGAGUCAGGCACCUUCACCAGCUCUCACUAUCCCAGUAGCUAUGACAACGGCAGGAGCUGCACAUGGCACAUCACUGUGGACCCUGAUAAGGUGAUCCAUCUGUGGUUCGAGGAGUUUGCUUUGGAGGACACCCAGCUCUGCACAGGAGACCUCAUCACAUUGGCAGACUCUCUGGGAACUGUUGGUAAAUACUGUGGCUACACCAAACCAAAUCCAAUGGUGUCACUUACAAACCGCAUGACGGUGUAUUUUGACACCAAUGACAGAAAAACAGACCAAGGAUUCAAGGCUCAUUACAAAGCUGUGUCUCAAAAGCUCGCACCAGAAAUAGCCGGCGCUGGUGGCUUUCUUCAAGGUGACCGAGGAGAUCUGAUGACCCCCAGCUUCACAGAGCAGAACUAUAUAAAUGGAGCCCUGUACCAGUGGAGAAUCACGGUGCCUGAAGGAGAGAGGGUUCGUCUGACAUUUACCUCCUUUGACCUGGUCCCUGAAGUCUGUGGGGACUUUGUUCAGGUCUACGAUGGCGACAAGGCCGGAUCUCCUUCAAUAGGCAAAUUCUGUGGAGGGACGAUGCCAAAGCCAGUGGAGUCCAGCAGCAACACAAUGGUGGUCCGCUUCAAAUCCGACAACACUCUGACUUCUAAAGGAUUUAAAGCAACUUACACCAAGUCCAGCCUUCCACCUGUUAUUCCCACAACCACUGCAAAACCAACAACUACAGCGAAACCCACAACACCUACUACUCCCACUCCAACAACUACUGGCAGUGGGGAUGCAGUCAUUCUUCAGGGCCGUAAAGGUGUGAUCCAGUCCUUGGGUUUCCCGCAUCCAUAUCCUGCUCAUCUAAACAGCUCCUGGAAGAUAAUAGUGGCCAAAGGGUUCCUGGUUAAACUGCAGAUAACUGACCUGGCCAUCCCAGGAGAGAUGGGACAGUGCAAGGAAGACAAACUGAUCAUCUCAGAUGAAUACUCUACACUGGGCACACACUGUGGCUACAUCCUUCCCCCUGUGGUGGUCAGUGCCAGUGACACAUUAGCCGUCACCUUCCAGUCCGACAGUCGCCUCACAGACCGAGGAUUCUCUGCCAAGUGGGAGGCUGUGUAUCCAGAGGAUAUCACAGAGCUCCAGGGCUGUGGCUUUUCUUCCAAAGAGGACACGGGAGUUAUCAAGUCCCUCAACUGGCCCAUGAACUACAAGGCUAACUCUGAGUGCAUGUGGAAUAUCGUUGGGCCUGUGGGGAAAAAAAUCACACUGAAGUUCACCCACUUUGAUCUGGAAGCCAAAGAUUUCCUGACAUCCAAAUGUUUUGAUAACAUAGUGGUGUACGACAUCAACGGUGCGACUAACGAGCAGAUUGGAAAGCAUGGUCCAUUCUGUGGGACCAAGCUGCCUCCUACCAUCCAGACAAAAGGCAACAGGCUGGUGAUCCGUUUCCACACAGACUUGUUCACUGAGGCCAAAGGCUUCAGGGCCUACUGGACUACUGAUACCAGUCUGCCUGCUCCAACAGAGACGCCUGUGCAGCCAAACCCAUGGGACGACAUCAAAAUAGACUGGCCCAGUAAAUGUGGGAAACCAGCGAUUCCCCCUGCUGUUAUGUCACGCAUUGUGAAUGGAGAGCCAGCCAAGCCCCACUCCUGGCCCUGGCAAGUGUCCAUGCAGGUCUGGCCUGACAGUCGACCAGAGCCCACAUUCUUCCACACCUGUGGCGGUACUCUUAUCCACAAGAACUGGGUCCUUACAGCAGCCCACUGCUUCAUAAGAUACGCUGAUGAGCUGCAGCGUUGGCGCAUGUGCCUGGGCAAACACAACCUGACCUACACGGAGCCGAGUGAACACUGCUUCGACGUAACUGGCAUCUAUCGCCACGAGGGCUUCAAGUAUCCCGAUGUGCCCACAGUGGAGUUUGACAUUGCUCUCGUAAGACUGGACGGAGAUGUGACGCCCAGUGAUGAGAUCUCGUAUGCCUGCCUGCCCUCAGAGGAAGAGGUCCUACCGGGGGGCAAGAAGUGCUACGCCACCGGCUGGGGAGAUGAGACCGGUGAUUCAAUGAAUGCUAAAGUGGCAGAGGGCCUGAACCAGGUCGCCCUGCCUGUUGUGCCUUAUGACACCUGCAAGAGGACGGACUACUGGUGGUUCCAGGUCAAGACCUCCAUGAUCUGCUGCGGUUAUACCCUGCCUGAUGAACUCAAGUCUGUCUGUCAGGGAGAUUCAGGUGGUCCUUUAGUGUGCCAGGAUAAAGCCGGUGGUCCUUGGGAAGUUCAUGGUAUAACCAGCUUCGGCCCCAUUGGAUGUAUCAUGAAUAAGAAACCUUCUGUGUUCACCCGCUCCUCUGCCUACCUCUCCUGGAUCCAAAAUGUCAUCCGCAGGGACAUGUACAACGAGCACACAUCUGGCUGUGGAGGGCCAAAGGACCUGAUUGGCACAGAAGGCACGGUGUCCUCCAUGGGUUACCCAGGCAGCUACAGCAAUAAAGCCAGCUGCCAGUGGAACAUCCAGGUGCCUGACGGCAAACUGGUCCACCUACGUUUCCAAAAUUUCUCCCUGGAGGAGAGCCAGAUGUGCCUGAAUGACAAAGUCAUCCUCAGUGACAGAGUAGGAAGUUUAGGCAGACACUGCAGUCAUGAGCCUCCUAAAGACCUGGUGAGUGAUGGAAACACACUUCACAUCAGCUUCUCUUCAAAUGACAAAGUGGUGGACACAGGCUUCACUGCCAGCUGGAAAGCAGUGGACCCAACAGAGGCUCCAUGUGGAGGAAGCUUCAGCAGUAAUCAGGGUGAAAUCCUCUCUCCAAACUGGCCCAAGGACUACAAAUCAGAGUCUGUGUGCACGUGGCGUAUCAAUGUACCUUCGGCAAAAAGCCUCCACAUUGCCUUCACUCACUUUGAGGUACAGGCCGUAAACACGUUGGGAAACUGUGUGGACUAUGUGGAGAUCUUCAACGGACAAAGCAUGGCAUCACUUGGUCGAUUCUGUGGCUUUGCCUCUCCACCCACCAUCACCGUCCCUGGCAGCACAGUUGUCAUUCGCUUCCUUAGCAACAAAGACAAUCAACAGGCAGGUUUUCGAGGUUACUGGACAACUGACUCCAGUGUUAUCCCAACUUUACCUCCUCCACCUCCAAACCCCUGGGACAAUAUAACAAUCGACUGGCCAGUAGAUUGUGGAAAACCAGAAGUUAAACCAAAUACAGGCGCCAUGAGGGUGGUUAAUGGGGAAGAGGCGAUCCCCCAUUCCUGGCCCUGGCAAGUCUCCAUGCAGGCGUCACCAAUGUCUCCCAUACCUUACAUGCAUGGCUGUGGAGGUUCAUUGAUUCACGAGGAAUGGAUCCUAACUGCUGCUCACUGUUUCAUGUUCCCACUGAAUAAACCCUCCUACUGGCGAAUGUGUUUGGGGAAGCACCACAUGAACUCCUCCAUGGACGUUCCCUCAGCAGAAGAAUGCUACAUGGUUGACGGUAUCAUCCGCCACGAGGGCUUUGUCUACGAGCAGGAUAAAACUGACAUCACCAAUGACGUAGCCCUGGUGCAUUUGUCCACACCUGUCAAUAUGACAAGGGAGAUUAGCCCCAUCUGUCUGCCGAAACCUGGGGCUGUGAUGCCCGCUGGGACACCAUGCUUUGUCACUGGCUGGGGAGACGAGAAAGGUAACCUGUUCCCUAAAGUGUCCGAGAAGCUAAAUCAGGCAGCCCUCCCUAUUGUUGACUUCCAGACCUGCAGUAAGCCUGCAUACUGGUGGGACACCCUCAGACCCUCCAUGAUCUGUGCCGGCUAUGAGUCCCCAGAUGAGCUCAAAUCAGCCUGCCAGGGUGACUCUGGCGGUCCUUUCGCCUGUGCGGCAGCAGGAGCUAUCCCUACAUGGGAGGUGCACGGCAUCGUCAGUUUUGGACCUCAGGGCUGCAUCAAAGACAAGAAGCCCUCAGUAUUCACCCGUGUGUCUGCCUUCAACGACUGGAUCUAUGGCAACAUGAAGAAGUUUAUUUAUGAAAGUGGCAAAACUCACUAGUGGUCAUGUUUUUAAAUAAAGAUUUUGUGUUCAUUGCUUCUAUUUGUUUCUAUUUUCUGCUGCUACAGACCAAAACAUUGUGGGUUUCUAAUUCGGGUUCAAAAUGUUUUAUUUGAAGCACUAUGCUGAUUGUAAAUUUUAAGAUAUUAGGCAUGUUUUCUAAGGUGAGUUAAUGGCACCAGAUCUAAACUUGAUAUCUAAUAUAUCAGGAUGUUUUACAGUUUGAGAUUCAGAGAAGCAUUGCACCAACAUUUAAAGGAAAUGAAGGAAAUAAGUCAACAAACAAGGAAGGCAAACAUUUGAUGUUUCACUGAAUCCUACAAACAGAAUCAAACUAUAAACCUGAAAUUUACUGUAAAACUCUUUUCCUGAACUUUCCUGUUAUUCAGGAGUUUAAGUAUUCACUUUUUUGGUUGCUAGGGGAUUUCAUUUAAUUAUGAAUAAAGCUGGCAGUUAAAUAAAAAAUACGAUAAUA